AUGUUCCUCUGGGCUUCAACAACCUUCAAUCCUGCCACGGAUAUACCGGACCUCAGUGGCAGGGUGAUACUCGUCACCGGAGGCAACACCGGUCUCGGAAAGCAGUACAUUCUUGAACUCUGUCGUCAUAACCCGGCACAGGUUUGGCUGGCCGCAAGGAAUCUCGACAAGGCGCAAGCGGCCGUGGCCGAGAUCCAAAGCCAGGUCCCUGGUGCUCCCAUUGAGAUUCUCGAGAUUGAUUUAUCGUCGCUCUCCUCCGUGGAGAAGGCAGCUCGCGAGUUCCAGCAACGAUGCGAUCGGCUUGAUAUAUUGAUGCUCAACGCCGGCAUCAUAAUGGCGCCCCUCGGAAAAACACAGGAUGGCUAUGAAGUACACUUUGGUACCAAUUACAUGGGUCAUGCGCUUUUGACUAAGCUGUUGCUUCCAACGAUUGAGAAGACAAUAGCUAACCAGGACUCGCCCGAUGCACGAAUCUUGAUUGUGAGCUCUUCUGGAUAUAAGCUGGCACCGAAAGAAGGAAUUGCAUAUGAGUCCAUCAAAACGACGUGUGCUGACUGGUGGAACAUGUCACGAUAUGGGCAGAGCAAGCUCGCUUUGAAUCUCUGGACCCGUCAGCUCGCCAAGCACUAUCCCAAUAUCAAGUGUGCCUCCAUCCAUCCAGGCGUUGUGGACACUGAGCUUGGGGUACCUCGUGGUGUCGUGUUAAGCUACUGGUCGUCGUUUUUGCGUUUGGCGUCCCUCACCCUCCUCCGUUACGUGUCAUUAGAGGAGGGUGUAAAGGGUCAGCUCUGGGCGACGUCCACUAAAGAUCUGCAGUCGGGAGAAUACUACACCCCCAUUGGCAAAGUUGAAACAUUGAAGGCAGAAUGGAAGGAUGAUGCACUAUCAAAGAAGCUUUGGGAUUGGACCGAGGAAGAGCUCAAGCCACAUGCUGGUUGA